GGCAACCCUUAUCGAAACGAAUGUCAAAUCGAGAAAGAAGAAGAAAUUGUAUACAAACCAGAAACUUUAAGCGGGCAGUUUAUAAAUAUUGUGAAAUAGAAAAUGUCCGAGGAAGUAGCCAGCGCUACAGCGGCUCCAACUGGAUCCACGCUGACCACUGCCCAGAGGGCGCGCAUCGAACGGAAUCAGGCCAAGGCCCUGAAGCUGCGCGAGGCCAAGUUGGUGGCGCAUCCUUACAAGGACUUGGCCAGCAACAAAGACGGCAGCCAUCCAGAGGCGGUUCUCAGCCAGAGCUCCUCCGUCAUAAAGGUGCAGGGCACCAAAUACAUAGACAGCGGUGGCGGCUUUCUGCUGGAACAGCCUGUCCUUCCAGGAGCCGGGACAGCAGGAGCGGCAGCUGCAGCUGGAGAUGGUAUCCCAGUUAUUGAGGACGAUGCCAUUGCCAUACCCGUUCACUACGAGGAAUGCCUGGAGUGCGGCGACCAGUUCGCAGAUUCCUAUUUGUUCAGCAACUUUGAUCAUUCGGUGUGCGACAAGUGCCGGGAUAACGAGGAGAAGCACUCGCUAAUCACCAGGACCGAGGCCAAGGCCGAGUACCUUCUGAAGGACUGUGACUUUGAUAAGCGGCAGCCGCCGCUGCGCUACAUCAGCCGAAAGAAUCCGCACAACGUGCGCUGGGGCGAGAUGAAGUUGUACCUGCAUCUGCAGGUCCUGAAACGGGCCAUGGAGGUAUGGGGCAGCGAGGACGAGCUGGUGCGCCAGCACGAGUCCAGGGAGGACAAACGGGAGGUGGGCAAGGCCCGCAAGUACAACAAGCAGAUGAAACAGCUCCGCAUGGAGGUCCGCAGCAGCAUCUACACAAAGAAGACCCACGAAAUCCACCAGCACGAGUUCGGCCCGGAUACUUACAACGAGGAGGAGGACACCUACACCCACACCUGCCUCUCGUGUCCCUAUAGCGAGACCUACGAAAAGAUGUAGAAAUCUCUAGGGAAUAAGCUUUUUUUCCAACCAAAAUAUUUAUGAAAAAGGAAAAACGGUUUUCUUCUUUUUGAAGAAAGUUAAGUUUUUCUCUUGAAAGUUUAUGUUUUGAAGUGAAUGCAUGAAGGUUAUCAUUUAACUAUUAAAUAUAUCCUUCUUCGUGUUAGUUUUAAGCAAAAAAUUAUUUAAUUAAGAGAUAAUCCUUUUUUUUUGUAUGGCUAUUAAAAAUUUCCUUUUUUCCCUUUUUUUUCUUAGUUUGUAAGAGCUGAAUGCCCAGAAAUAUAAUUUAAAAGCAUA